CCAUCCUGCCGCGGCUCGAAAGGAAUGGAAAAUGGCGGCCUAGGCGCGGAGUUUCCUGUCCGGCCAGCGGCGGCGGCUCUCGGCGGCGCGCGCCCCUGGGGUGCCAGGACCCGUGCGGCACUAUGACGCGCUGGGUGCCCACCAAGAGAGAGGAGAAAUAUGGCGUGGCUUUUUAUAACUAUGACGCCAGGGGAGCUGAUGAACUUUCUCUGCAAAUAGGUGACACGGUGCACAUCUUGGAAACAUAUGAAGGAUGGUACAGAGGCUACACCUUAAGAAAAAAAUCUAAGAAGGGUAUAUUUCCUGCUUCAUAUAUUCAUCUUAAAGAAGCGAUAGUCGAAGGAAAAGGGCAACAUGAAACAGUCAUUCCAAGUGACCUCCCACUCAUCCAGGAAGUCACCACGACGCUUCGGGAGUGGUCCACCAUCUGGAGACAGCUCUAUGUGCAAGAUAAUAGAGAGAUGUUCCGUAGUGUGCGGCACAUGAUCUACGACCUUAUUGAAUGGAGGUCACAGAUUCUUUCUGGAACUCUGCCCCAGGAUGAGCUCAAGGAGCUGAAGAAGAAGAUCACUGCCAAAAUUGACUAUGGAAACAGAAUUCUUGAUUUGGACCUGGUGGUGAGGGAUGAAGACGGGAAUAUCUUGGAUCCAGAGCUCACCAGCACAAUCAGUCUCUUCAGAGCUCACGAAAUAGCUUCUAAGCAAGUGGAAGAAAGACUACAAGAAGAGAAAUCCCAGAAGCAGAAUAUAGAUAUUAACAGACAAGCCAAGUUUGCCGCCACCCCUUCUUUUGCCUUGUUCGUCAACCUCAAGAAUGUGGUUUGUAAAAUAGGAGAAGAUGCGGAAGUGCUCAUGUCUCUCUAUGACCCUGUGGAGUCCAAAUUCAUCAGUGAAAACUAUCUGGUUCGCUGGUCAAGUUCAGGAUUACCUAAAGAUAUAGACAGAUUACAUAAUUUGCGAGCUGUUUUUACCGACCUUGGAAGCAAAGACCUGAAAAGGGACAAAAUCAGUUUUGUCUGUCAGAUCGUCCGCGUCGGGCGCAUGGAGCUGAGGGACAACAACACAAGGAAGCUGACCUCGGGCUUGCGGCGGCCUUUUGGAGUGGCUGUGAUGGAUGUGACAGAUAUAAUAAAUGGAAAACUGGAUGAUGAAGACAAACAACAUUUCAUUCCCUUUCAACCGCUCGCGUUGGACGACGCCAUCCGACACAAGCCGCUGAACAUGUCAUCCCGUUUUUCACCCAGGGUGGCAGGGGAGAAUGACUUCCUUCAGACCGUUAUAAACAAAGUGAUCGCAGCUAAAGAAGUCAACCACAAGGGACAGGGUUUAUGGGUGACGUUGAAAUUGCUUCCUGGAGAUAUCCAUCAGAUUCGAAAAGAGUUUCCUCACUUGGUGGACAGGACCACAGCCGUGGCCCGGAAGACGGGCUUCCCUGAGAUCAUCAUGCCUGGUGAUGUUCGAAAUGAUAUCUACGUGACAUUAGUUCAAGGAGAUUUUGAUAAAGGAAGCAAAACGACAGCCAAGAACGUCGAGGUUACAGUGUCUGUUUAUGAUGAAGAUGGAAAACGAUUGGAGCAUGUGAUUUUCCCGGGCGCUGGCGAUGAAGCUAUUUCAGAGUACAAAUCUGUGAUUUACUAUCAAGUGAAGCAACCCCGCUGGUUUGAGACCGUUAAGGUGGCCAUUCCCAUUGAAGAUGUCAACCGUAGUCACCUUCGGUUUACCUUCCGACACAGGUCAUCACAGGACUCUAAAGACAAAUCUGAGAAGAUAUUUGCACUUGCGUUUGUGAAGCUGAUGCGAUAUGAUGGGACCACGCUGAGGGAUGGGGAGCACGACCUCAUUGUCUAUAAGGCUGAAGCAAAAAAGCUGGAAGACGCCUCCACGUACCUGAGCCUGCCCUCCACGAAAGCUGAGUUGGAGGAGAAGGGGCACUCGGCCACGGGCAAGGGCAUGCAGAGCCUCGGAAGCUGCACCAUCAGCAAAGAUUCCUUCCAGAUUUCCACACUGGUGUGCUCCACCAAGCUCACUCAGAAUGUGGACCUUCUGGGGCUCCUGAAGUGGCGUUCUAACACCAACCUGCUGCAGCAGAACUUGAGGCAGCUGAUGAAGGUUGAUGGCGGUGAAGUGGUUAAGUUCCUUCAGGACACCUUGGAUGCGCUCUUUAACAUCAUGAUGGAGAACUCGGAGAGCGAAACUUUCGACACACUAGUAUUUGAUGCUCUGGUAUUUAUCAUUGGACUAAUUGCUGAUAGGAAAUUUCAACAUUUUAAUCCUGUUUUGGAAACCUACAUUAAGAAACACUUCAGUGCAACAUUAGCCUACACGAAGCUGACAAAAGUGUUAAGAAAUUACGUGGACAAUGCUGAGAAGCCGGGCAUAAAUGAGCAGCUGUAUAAGGCGAUGAAAGCCCUAGAAUACAUCUUCAAGUUCAUCGUGCGCUCCCGGAUACUGUUCAAUCAGUUGUAUGAAGACAAAGGAGAGGCCGACUUCAUGGAGUCCUUGCUGCAGCUGUUCCGAUCCAUCAACGACAUGAUGAGCAGUCUGUCAGAUCAGACAGUCAGAGUGAAGGGGGCAGCGCUGAAGUACUUGCCAACGAUUGUCAAUGACGUGAAGUUGGUAUUUGAUCCCAAAGAGCUCAGCAAAAUGUUUACUGAAUUCAUCCUCAAUGUUCCCCUGGGUUUGCUGACCAUUCAGAAGCUGUAUUGCUUGAUUGAAAUCAUUCACAGUGAUCUCUUCACACAGCAUGACUGCCGGGAGAUUCUGCUCCCCAUGAUGACGGAUCAGCUCAAGUACCACCUGGAGAGGCAGGAAGACCUGGAGGCCUGCUGCCAGCUGCUGAGCAACAUCCUGGAGGUGCUGUACCGGAAGGACGUGGGGCCUACGCAGCGGCACGUGCAGCUGAUCAUGGAGAAACUUCUCCGAACAGUGAACCGAACUGUGAUUUCCAUGGGGCGGGAUUCCGAGCUGAUCGGGAACUUUGUCGCUUGUAUGACAGCGAUUCUGCGACAAAUGGAAGAUUAUCAUUAUGCCCAUUUGAUCAAGACUUUUGGGAAAAUGAGGACAGACGUGGUGGAUUUUCUGAUGGAAACAUUCAUCAUGUUUAAGAAUCUCAUUGGGAAGAAUGUCUACCCUUCCGACUGGGUCAUAAUGAACAUGAUGCAGAAUAAAGUCUUCCUGCGGGCAAUUAGUCAGUAUGCAGAUAUGCUGAACAAAAAAUUUCUGGAUCAAGCCAACUUUGAGCUACAGCUCUGGAACAACUACUUCCACCUGGCUGUUGCCUUCCUGACCCAAGAGUCCUUGCAGCUGGAGAACUUUUCAAGUGCAAAGCGAGCCAAAAUCCUUAACAAGUAUGGCGACAUGAGGAGACAGAUUGGCUUUGAAAUCAGAGACAUGUGGUACAACCUGGGUCAACACAAGAUAAAGUUCAUUCCAGAAAUGGUCGGCCCAAUAUUGGAAAUGACGCUGAUUCCCGAGACGGAACUGCGAAAGGCCACUAUCCCCAUCUUUUUCGAUAUGAUGCAAUGUGAAUUCCACUCGACUCGAAGCUUCCAAAUGUUUGAAAAUGAGAUCAUCACCAAACUGGAUCAUGAAGUGGAAGGAGGCAGAGGGGAUGAACAGUACAAAGUGCUAUUUGAUAAAAUCCUCUUGGAGCACUGCAGGAAGCAUAAAUACCUCGCCAAAACAGGAGAAACUUUUGUAAAACUUGUUGUGCGUCUGAUGGAAAGACUUUUGGAUUAUAGAACCAUCAUGCAUGAUGAGAACAAAGAAAAUCGCAUGAGCUGUACUGUCAAUGUGCUGAACUUCUACAAAGAAAUUGAGAGAGAAGAAAUGUAUAUCAGGUAUUUGUACAAGUUGUGUGACCUGCACAAAGAGUGUGAUAACUACACGGAAGCCGCUUACACCUUGCUUCUGCACGCAAAGCUCCUUAAGUGGUCGGAGGAUGUGUGUGCUGCCCACCUCACCCAGCGGGAUGGCUACCAGGCGACGACGCAGGGACAGCUGAAGGAGCUGCUGUACCAGGAGAUUAUCCACUACUUUGACAAAGGCAAGAUGUGGGAGGAGGCCAUCGCCUUGGGCAAGGAACUGGCUGAACAGUAUGAAAACGAAAUGUUUGACUACGAACAACUGAGCCAGCUGCUGAAAAAACAGGCACAAUUUUAUGAAAACAUUGUUAAAGUGAUACGACCCAAGCCUGACUAUUUUGCCGUCGGCUACUACGGACAAGGAUUGCCCACGUUCCUUCGGGGGAAAGUUUUCAUUUACCGAGGGAAAGAGUACGAACGCCGGGAGGAUUUCGAAGCUCGGCUGUUAACUCAAUUCCCCAAUGCUGAGAAAAUGAAGACUACGUCUCCACCAGGCGACGAUAUUAAGAAUUCUCCUGGCCAGUAUAUUCAGUGCUUCACAGUAAAACCUAAACUCGAUUUGCCCCCUAAAUUUCACAGGCCAGUUUCGGAGCAAAUUGUGAGCUUUUACAGGGUGAACGAGGUGCAGCGAUUCGAAUAUUCUCGGCCAAUCCGGAAAGGAGAGAAAAACCCAGACAAUGAAUUUGCAAAUAUGUGGAUCGAAAGAACCAUAUACACAACGGCUUAUAAGCUACCAGGGAUUUUAAGGUGGUUCGAGGUCAAGUCUGUUUUCAUGGUGGAAAUCAGCCCCCUGGAGAACGCCAUCGAAACAAUGCAGCUGACCAAUGACAAGAUCCACAGCAUGGUACAGCAGCACCUCGACGACCCCAGCCUGCCCAUCAACCCGCUGUCCAUGCUCCUGAAUGGCAUCGUGGACCCUGCCGUCAUGGGCGGCUUCGCCAACUAUGAAAAGGCCUUCUUCACAGAGCGCUACCUGCAGGAGCACCCAGAGAGCCACGAGAAGAUCGAGAAGCUCAAGGACCUGAUUGCCUGGCAGAUACCAUUUUUGGCAGAAGGGAUCCGGAUUCAUGGCGAAAAGGUCACGGAAGCACUGAGACCGUUUCACGAGAGAAUGGAAGCCUGCUUCAAACAGCUGAAGGAAAAAGUGGAAAAGCAAUAUGGCGUCCGGACCAUGCCCUCAAGCCUGGAUGACAGAAGAGGCAGCCGCCCCCGGUCCAUGGUCCGGUCCUUCACGAUGCCUUCGUCCUCCCGGCCCCUAUCAGUGGCCUCCGUCUCCUCCUUGUCGUCCGACAGCACCCCUUCCAGGCCAGGCUCCGAUGGGUUUGUUCUGGAGCCUCUCCUGCCAAAGAAAAUGCACUCCCGGUCCCAGGACAAGCUGGACAAGGAUGAUGCAGAUAAGGAGAAGAAGGACAAGAAGAAGGAAAAAAGGAACAGCAGACACCAGGAGACAUUUGAUAAGGAAUUCAAGCCAGCCGAUGUCUCCUCGCAGCAGUCUGAGGCUGUGAUUCUGUCUGAAACGAUCAGCCCCCUGCGGCCCCAGAGACCCAAAAGCCAGGUCAUCAACCCUAUUGGAGGUGAGCGGCGCUUCUCAGUGUCUCCAUCUCCGCCAACCUCGCAGCAGGCACCGCCUCCCGUCACGCCGAGGGCCAAACUUAGCUUCAGCCUGCAGUCCAGUUUGGAGCUGAACGGAAUGACUGGGGUAGAAGUGGCCAAUGUCCCUCCGCCUCUGCCCCUCAAAGGCAGCACAGCGGAUUAUGGGAAUGUGAUGGAAAACCAGGACUUGGUGGGCUCGCCGCCGCCUCCACCCCCACACCAGAGGCAUCAGCCACCUCCACUGCCCAGCAAAACCCCACCGCCUCCGCCCCCAAAGACAACUCGAAAGCAGACAUCAGUGGACUCUGGGAUCGUGCAGUGACCACAGCAAAAUGCCUCGUCUUCCCUUCCCUUCUCCGUCAUCUUCUGUGUCUGGUGUUGACCUCCUCGGGCCCGCCAUAUCUAACAUUCAGAACCACUGUUUUCCUCACAGAAGUUCAGUCCUAACCAUCGAGUGAGCAGCCUUUAGCAGCAUGAAGCAGGGCUGGCCCAGAACUGGGAUGAGGGGUUGCGUGUCAAAGUCGGAGGCCUCUGAGAAUGUCUGUCUUGGGAGAGCCGAAGUCUUGCCCAGAAGUCCUUUCUGUUUGUGCCAAAUGACAUACAUUAGCAAGGUACCCAGUGAAGCUGAGUUUAGCCAAGUUGGGGAGGUUAGCUCAUCAUCCCAGAGAAGCUGUGUAGUAACUGAGUGCAGGAAUCCUCCUCCUCCUCUUUGCUGUUGGCCAAAACCCCAGCUUAAUCUCCCGGGAUGGCUUGUCAACCCCAUUGUUGCAACAGGUCCUGUGACUUUCUCUUGGUUGAGUAUAUCUUCAACCUCCAUCAGGCAAUUAAGGUCAGCCCUUUCAGGGAAGUUCCCGGUUUCUUUGGGUAUAAUUUAAAAUAGGACAUUCCUUAGCUACUGCACAGUUACUAAUUUAAGGAGUGGCAACAGCAUUAAAAAUACUGGAUCAAAUGGGAAAAAGAAAUAUGAGUAUAGGAAGAUAAAUUUCCUUUCCUCAUUAAAACAGAAUUUGUAUGCCACAAGAGACAGAUUUAAUUGGGUGAAUUCUUUUUGUCUUCAUUCUGUACAGAAGUUUGUAUAUAUGAUGGUUCUUAGAACUUGUUUUAAUUUUUGUGGUCUUUCCUUAUUGAAAUAGGCACCCACAAAUGAUUCUCAAUAUGUGUUCUUAAUUUUUUUAACUGCUGGAAAUGUAAAAGCUCCAAAGUCCUGAAACUGUUGGGCAAUGAUUUCAAAAACUAACUUUGUAUAACCUAAUAUUUUUAUCCUAUCGUCUAUAUUUUUUUAUUCACUAUAAUCGUGAUACCCCUAUAGUAGGCUCAGAAGUUAAUCAUUGACAAUGAAAAAUAAAAUGUUAUUUAAAAGGA